AUGACUAUGACAAACUUAACCACAAUGAGUGGGUUCCUUCUCAUGGGAUUCUCUGACAAACGUGAACUGCAGAUAUUGCAUGCUUUGCUCUUCUUGGUGACAUAUCUAUUGGGGUUGGCAGGUAACUUCAUCAUUAUCACCAUCAAAACACUGGACCCGCAGCUCCAGUACCCAAUGUAUUACUUCCUGAAGCACCUUUCCCUUCUGGACCUCUCAUCUCUUUCUGUCACAGUUCCCCAGUCUAUUGACAAUUCCCUGAUGGAUAAUGACUACAUUUCAUAUGGCCAGUGUAUUCUGCAAGUUUUUUUUUUCACAUCAUUGGUUGCUGCUGAGGUGUCCAUUCUCACAGUGAUGUCCUAUGACCGCUAUGUGGCCAUCUGCCUCCCACUGCACUAUGAGGUCAUUAUGGAUCCUAGGAAGUGCAUGUGGGCUGUGACAGCUGUGUGGCUAAGUGGAGGCAUCUCAGGAACCUUGUACACAACAACUACAUUCUCUAUCAGAUUCUGCAGUGACAAAAUAAUCCACCAGUUCUUCUGUGACAUCCCCCACUUACUCAAGCUCUCCUGCUCUAAUGAUUACCUUGGAGUGAUAGGAGUGUCUUCCUUCAUGGCUGUGAUGGCCUUUGCUUGCUUUAUUGCUGUCACCCUCUCUUAUGGCCAGAUAGUCUCCACAAUUCUCAGGAUGCCCUCUGCUGAAGGUCGGUCUAAGGUCUUUUCCACCUGCCUACCCCACCUCUUUGUUUUCUCAUUUUUUCUGAUCACAGGUGCAUGUGAACAUCUAAAGCCAACUUCUGACUCACCAACUGCUUUAGAUCUUCUUCUAUCUAUCUUUUACACAGUACUACCCCCAACACUCAACCCUGUAAUAUACAGUCUGAGGAAUGAGGCCAUGAAGACUGCUCUGAAGAAGGUGGUGUCAGGUAGAGUUCACAGGGGAAAACUUCAUAUUUGCUCUGUCAUAAAUAUUUAUGAUAUGUCAUAA